AGUUUUUUUUUGUUUGAUUAGCACGAGUUUGGGGUUAUGGUUUAGGAUUUAGCGGUUUAAAUCUUAUGUGUAUAAACCGUGAAACUAACUGCUCCCCAUAGAAUAGAGAAAGAAUUUGUCAUCGCCUUCUAGGGGAAAAAGUGUACCGUCUUCUUUGUGUAGCCCCAUGUGUUAAAAACAAAAGUGAAAAAAUAGCUAAUAUAUAGUAAAAACCUUGGGACUUUUUUGCAUUAUGGAUCAAGCUAUAGAAGCUACAGAAGAAUUGCCUACUAGUGCUGAAAAUACUUCACAUACUGACAAAAAUGAAACAAACCGCGAAUCUAAUGUAGAAUUACCCCAACAUGCCUCAGAUGAAGAGAACGACCAUUUGCAACUUCUUUGCUCUGAAAUGUUUCAGAAAAUGUCCCUGUACUUAAAUGGUGAGGUGGAAAACACAAUUCAGGAUUACAUUUUACUUGAAAAUAUGAACAAAGCAACAACUGUUAGGUAUGAUGAGAUGCACCACACCGCACGUACAGUUGGCGAUUCACUUCACGAGAUUAACCAAAAGUUUUCGGACCUUCAACCUUAUCUAGAGCAGAUUGAAAACAUUGAACAGAGCAUACUAACUUUGGAGCAAGCAGCAUACAAACUUGAUGCAUAUUCCAAACGCCUGGAGGAAAGGUUUAAAAGAGCACAAAAACUGGCUCAAUAAAUUGUUUUGUUUUAUUUCAUUUUGAUUAAUUUUUCUUUAUAUUUUUGCAAUGCAUUAUAAUAUGUAUACAUAUAAUCAUACACUUUUUCUUAAUUUGAUAAUUAUGAUUGCAAGUUAGGUUUUUAAAGAAUUACCUAAAAAAUAAUGGGUUUUAUCAAAAAUUUAGCAUGAUUUCUGUGAUUUUGCAGAAAAAACGGUUGACAGCCAAUCGAUAAUCAACAUUUUUCCAAAAUUUAGUUCCAAAACUAUUGUUUUUAAAGUGAAUUGUAAUUCGUGGCUGAUUGUUACCAUUUAUGAUUAAAACAAUUUUCGAUAUAUAAAUUUCCCCAAAAAAGGGGUUUCUAAAUUUUAUUUAUAUAUAUAUAUAUAUAUAAUUUUCUUAUUUUAUGUCAUUGCAAUUUUGAUUGCUCUCUUAAACAUUUGUUACUUGAUG